AUGGCGAUGCUCUUCACAGCUACGCUCGCGCUUUCUGCACUCUUUCCCAGCGGACUCUACGCAGGCAAUCUGCUGGCAAGCGACACGGUCUCCGUCUGCGAGGAGAUUGCGUCCGCCAUUUCGUCUGCAUCUGCGGUCUACUAUCCCCUCCAACUCGAAUACAUCGCGGAUAAUUUCCACUGGGCCUCUUCGAGCUCUCAGAAUUCUACGUGCAGCGUAGAACCCGGCACGGCUGAAGAUGUUGGCACAAUACUGCAGAUCUUGGGCGAGGCGCAGACUGCGUUCGGGGUGAAGGGCGCGGGUCAUGCUUCCAAUCCCGGAUUUUCGUCCACAGCUGGUGUCGAGAUUGCGCUAACGCGCUUUAACGAGACCGUGUACGAUUCUGCAACCGGAACGGCGACCAUCGGAGCGGGCAUGAUCUGGGACGACGUGUACAGUGCCCUUGAGGCAUACGGGGUCAACGUGGUGGGUGGACGAGUGAGCGGAGUUGGAGUCGCGGGAUUCAUCCUCGGAGGAGGCUACUCUUACUUGUCGAACCAGUAUGGUCUGACGAUCGAUACCGUCACGGCGUUCGAGCUAGUGCUGCCAAAUGGCACCGUCACUAACGUCACCUCUGCUUCUUACCCUGACCUAUUCUUUGCGCUGAAGGGUGGCUUCAAUAACUAUGGGAUCGUAACGCGAUUCACGCUGGAGGCUUUCACUCAAGGCGAAGUGUGGGUGUGUAUAAUUAGCUUCUCAGGAGGGUUUAUGCUCGCAGUCGGCGAGGCCGAAGCCAUCGCAGAAGCCACUGCCAAUUUCUAUGCCAACGUCACCGAUCCGAAGGCUGCCAUCAUAACGUCAUUUAACUACGACCUCGGUAUUUACGUCCAAGAAGUCAGCAUGUUUUACGAUGCACCAACUCCGCCGGACGGUAUAUUCGAUGACUUCCUGGCCAUUCCGUUCACGGUACAGGACAUCGAAACCCGCUCGUUCUUGUCAGUAGUGCUCGCGACCCCGGAUGACACCACGGAGACAUAUCGAGGAUUUUUCAACACAGUGUCUCUGUGGAAUGUUACACUGCCGAUCCUCAGCUACAUCAUGAAUGAGACGACGUUCUGGUAUGGGGAGUUGUCAAGCGAAGUCCCAGGCCUCUUCAUCAGCUACGACGUAGAGCCCUUCUUGCCUAGUGUGUUCUCUCAUGGCACCGUAUCAGCCUGGCCACCCAGUCGGGCCGAAGGCCUGCUUCCCUUGAACAUCUACUACGCGUGGUGGGACUCCUCGUCCGACUCCUUGAUCAACGACGCAAUGCAGGAAAGCGCCAACUACCUCACGCAGAUGGCCGUCGCUGAAGGUCAAGAGGUCGCGGAUGUCUCGUUAUAUCCGAAUUACGCCAUUUACGACACGUCUGUCUCUCGGAUAUACGGCGACAACCUCGCUCGUCUGCAGUCCAUUAAAGCCGAAUACGACUCAGAAGACGUUAUGGGGUUGGCAGGUGGAUGGAAGAUCACAGCGUGA